GCCUAUACUCUCCAAAUCAUUCAUUGGUAUGCUUGGUAUGUUUAGGUUUGGAAAGACGGGCCUGGUUGCAGGCUCUUGGGCAGCUGCUCUACAAUCCACAUUCUAUGGUCCCAACACUACAGGUCUCUUUUCAAUUCUCCAACAUGUCGCAAUGUCUGCAAAGUGUUUGUACAUAGCCUGUUGCUGUCUUUGUUGAUCUUGCCGCUGUCACCGCUGGGAUUAUCACUGUGUUCUCUACACAGGCACGCAGUUCUAUUAAACCGCA